AUGAUUACAAGCAAAGCUGUAAUACAAAGUGCAAAUAAAGCCAAGGCGACAAGGCAAUUGUCACAGACACUGGCUAUCCCACGAGGUGGUUCUUUCAGGACAUUGUCUUCGUCGAAUAUAUCACCUGUUCGCAGUUCACCAGACCGUCAGACUAGAAUUGCCUCCCAUGGUACAGGACUAGUCAGUGGUUCUUUAUACAGGUCUAUGUUAGCACAAUCUCCAGUUUCGAAAGUUGGUUCGUUUAUACCCCAACGUGGAAUGGCCACUGGAGGUGGCGGAUUGGGUCCUAAUCAGAUGAGAUUCCAGCAAGAGGAGCAAGAACAGUCUGCUCUUGAAAAGUAUGGAACAGAUUUAACAAAGCUUGCCAAUGAAGGAAAGCUAGAUCCGGUUAUUGGAAGAGAUAAAGAAAUCACAAGAACAAUUCAAAUUCUAUCCCGGCGAAGCAAGAAUAAUCCUGCUCUGAUUGGUCUGGCUGGUACGGGUAAGACUGCUAUUAUGGAGGGUCUUGCACAAAGAAUUGCAAGGAAGCAAGUCCCUGAUAGCAUGAAGGAGAAACGAGUUGUGUCAUUGGAUCUAGGAAGUCUUAUUUCUGGCGCCAAAUAUCGCGGUGAGUUUGAGGAACGACUAAAGAAUGUUCUACAGGAAGUAGAGCAAGAGCAUGGAAAUGUGAUUUUGUUUAUUGACGAAUUACAUAUUCUGCUUGGUCUUGGAAAAGGAGAAGGUAGUAUUGAUGCUUCGAAUUUGCUUAAGCCAGCACUUGCCAGAGGUCAAUUACAGUGCUGUGGUGCUACUACAAUUGACGAAUACCGAAAGUAUAUUGAGAAGGAUACUGCGUUGGCAAGACGAUUCCAGCCUGUUCUGGUUGAGGAGCCAACAGUCCAUGAUGCUAUCAGUAUUUUAAGAGGUUUAAAGGAGAGAUAUGAAGUUCACCAUGGUGUUCGAAUUACCGAUUCUGCUCUCGUGACUGCUGUUGUGUACUCAAACAGGUACAUUACUGACAGAUAUCUUCCUGAUAAGGCAAUUGACCUGGUUGAUGAAGCAUGUUCGGCACUUCGUCUUCAGCAUGAAUCUAAACCUGAUAGCAUUCAAGAACUUGACCGAGCAAUCAUGACUAUUCAGAUUGAACUCGAGUCUUUGAAGAAAGAGACUGACCCUAUUUCGACAGACAGAAGAGCCAAUCUUGAGAAAGAGUUGAAACUCAAGCAAGACGAAGUUGGCAGAUUAAAUGAGGUAUGGGAGCAGGAGAGAAAGAAUCUUGAGGAUAUUAAGAAUGCAAAGUCAAAUCUUGAACAAGCUAAAAUUGAUUUGGAGCUGGCCCAACGAAGCGGCAAUUUUGCGCGUGCUUCUGAGCUACAGUACUCUGUGAUCCCAGAGUUGCAAGCCAAGCUGCCAAAUGAAAACCAAAAGAAAAAAGAUGACGAAAACUCUUUAUUGCAUGAAUCAGUGACCUCAAACGACAUUGCUCGAGUGAUUUCGAGAGUAACUGGUAUUCCGACCGAUUCGCUCAUGAAAGGAGAAAAAGACAGGUUGUUGUACAUGGAAGAGUCACUUAAAGGUAGGGUCAUUGGUCAAGACGAAGCUAUUAAAGCAGUGUCUGAUGCAGUUCAUCUUCAACGUGCUGGUCUGACAAAUGAAAAACGUCCUGUGGGCAGUUUCAUGUUCUUGGGCCCCACUGGUACUGGUAAGACUGAGUUGACUAAGGCUCUUGGAGAAUUCUUGUUUGAUGACGAGAAUUCAGUCAUUCGUUUUGAUAUGAGUGAAUUCCAAGAAAGGCAUAGUGUGUCUCGACUUAUUGGUUCACCUCCAGGCUAUGUUGGAUAUGAGGAGAGUGGUGAACUUACCGAGGCGGUACGACGUAAGCCAUACGCAGUUGUUCUCUUUGACGAAUUUGAAAAGGCCCAUCCUGAUGUUUCUAAACUACUUCUACAAGUUCUUGAUGAAGGACAGCUCACAGACGGCCAGGGUCGUAAGGUCAAUUUCAAGAACACAAUCAUUGUCAUGACAAGUAAUAUCGGUCAAGAUAUCCUUGUAAGUGACAAAGAGCUUGAGAAUGAGGAUGGUACAGUAAGUGCUCAAACGAAGCAACAGGUUCUUGAGGCCAUGAAGCAUUACUAUCCCCCUGAAUUUAUUAAUCGUCUGGACGAUGUGGUGGUAUUCAAUAGACUCUCUAAAAAGUCGCUGGAAUCCAUUGUCGAUAUUCGUCUGCGCGAAGUUCAAGAAAGAUUACUCGACCGUCGUAUCAAACUCGAUGUUGACGAAUCUGCCAAGCAAUGGCUUGUUAAUAGAGGCUAUGAUCCAUUGUAUGGAGCUCGGCCGCUCAACAGACUGAUUCAAAAGAGUCUAUUAAACCCACUUGCCAUGCAUCUACUUCGAGGCUUCAUUCGGAACAACGAGGAUGUCGAAGUCACUGUCAAGAAUGACGAACUAUUUGUCAAGCCAAAUCAUAGCGAAGCUGAGGAGGUCGAGGAGAACUAA